GAGAGAGAGAGAGAGAAGAGAGAGAGAGAGAGAGAGAGAGCGCACCGGCUGCUGAGGAGUCGAGUUGCUGGAAGUGCUGAAAGUUUGUGUUUCCGACGCAGCUGAUGUGCUCGCAGCAGGAGAAACUCGGUUUAAAAGAGCUUAUCUGUAGGAUUUCUACAGGAGAAACUCGGUUUAAAAGAGCUUAUCUGUAGGAUUUCUACAGGAGAAACUCGGUUUAAAGAGUUAAUCUGGGUUUUUUACAUGUGCCGCUGUGUGGAGAAACCUUCUCUGGAGCUCCGUGUGAUGAGGAUAUCAGCUCAGCUCCUGGAGUCAUCAGCACUGCUGGAGUAACAGAUGAUCACUGGGCUUCGUUUCCACACCUCGAGGAUGUUCUGAGUGUCGGUCUCAUGCGCCCGUAUGGAGCUGUGUGAGGCUGUCUGAAUGUCUGCCAUGGCAAUGAAGAGGCUUCCUCUACCUGAACUCAUCAUUACUGCUGUGGUCUUCAUAUUUGGUGUAGCUGAUUGUGUGGGUCCAACGGUGUGGGGGAAGCAAGGUGGUUCAGCUUUACUGAAGUGCAGCCUGGCUCCAGCUGAAGGCUCUUCAGCCCCUCUGCAUGUGGUGGAGUGGGUCCGCCAGGGCUACGACAUACCAGUCCUCAUCAAAUUCGGAUCAUACGCACCACGAGUGCACCCCAACUAUGAAGGUCGAGUGUCUCUCUCAGAUGGAACAGCUCUAAGGGUGAAGGGCCUGGUGCUGGAAGAUGAGGGCUGGUACGAGUGUCGCAUUCUUCUGCUGGACAAACCAUCUGAUGAGACACGGAAUGGGAGCUGGACACUGCUGUCGGUCACAGCUCCGCCUGUGUUCGUUGAAGCCCCGCCUCCAGUCACAGAAGCCUUCCUGGGUAGGCCAUUCACGCUGAAGUGUGUCGCCCGUGGCAACCCUCCACCGUCUAUCAAAUGGCAUAAGGAUGGAGUUCUAAUGAAACAGAAGGCCAAUGUAAAGAUUGUGAAUGGAAGUCUGUCUGUUGGCUCAGUGAGCAGACAGACUGCAGGACGAUAUCAGUGCCAGGCCUCAAACAGUGAGGGAAAUGAUACCCGCACCAUACAGCUCAGGGUCAAAGGUCCUCCUGUUAUCAUAACCCCCCCAAAGGACAUGGUCCUGAACAUGUCCCAGAAUGCUUUGCUGCAGUGUCAGGCAGAGGCAGACCCUCCGAACAUGACGUAUGUGUGGAUGAGAGAGGAAGAAAACGUGUACCAUAUCGAAUCUCUAAAGUCUCGUGUGAAGGUGAUGGUGGACGGCACUCUUCUUAUAUCCAGUCUAAUCCCUGGGGAUUCUGGGAACUACACCUGCAUGCCCACUAACGGCCUUCCAGCUCCACCCUCUGCAUCAGCCAUCCUUACCGUGCAACACCCUGCGCUGGUGACUCAAAUGCCUGAUCAGACCUUCCUCCCGACCGGGAUGAGGGGGGUGAUCUCCUGCCCACUGGCCGCUGAACCCCCGCUGCUCAGAGUGGACUGGACUAAAGAUGGGAAAAUGCUGGACCUAGGAUCUUAUCCUGGAUGGACACUGACCUCAAAGGGUUCCAUCGUGAUAGCAACAGCUAAUGACGAUGCUGCUGGUGUUUACACCUGCACACCUUACAACAGCUAUGGAACGAUGGGCCAGUCUAAGCCAACCACAGUCAUCUUACAGGAUCCUCCGUCUCUGCGGCUCUCUCCCCGUGAGGAGUACCGGCAGGAGGUGGGCAGGACCCUCCUUAUUCCCUGCCAGGCUGAUGGAGACCCCCCACCUAAAGUCACCUGGACCAAAAUCGGUUCCUCCACUCGUUCUCUGUACUCUGUAGCAGUGAAUGGCUCUCUGCUGCUGCAGCCUCUCAGUAAAGAGCACUAUGGUCAGUGGGAGUGCAGCGUGGCAAACCGUGUGGCCACCGCCACAGCCAGAACCACAGUCUUAGUGCUGGGCACCAGUCCACAUGCUGUUUCCUCAGUGUCUGUAGAAGUCAGAGUGAAUCAGGCCAACAUCUCCUGGGAGCCUGGAUUUGAUGGAGGUUUUACACAGACAUUUUCCAUCUGGCUGAAGUGUGCGUGCUCAGAAGGGGAUCAGCAGGAGUGGCAGUCAGUCCCGGGUCCAUCCUCUGGCACCAGCCUGCUCGUCAGUGGUCUCCUUCCAUCCACAGAGUACCAGUUCAGUGUUCUGGCUCAAAACAAGCUAGGCAGUGGCCCGUUCAGUGAAAUCACCACCGCCAGAACUCUGAAUGCACUUCCUAUGGUGUCCGGGCUGGAGCCGCCGACACUGCUGUCCUUCAAUCAAAGCUCUGAGGGCGUUUAUCUGUGGUGGGCAGCACCGUCAGCUCAGCAGCCGCCAAUCGACAACUUCAUCCUCCAGUCACGUCUCGAAGAGGGGGAGUGGCUAAACUUAGAUGAGGACAUCAGUGUCAAUCAGAGUGAAAUGCUCGUUCUGGGUUUACAGAAGAACUCUAACUAUGAGCUAAGACUUCUGUCUCGCCGUGCGGAGCAGCUGAGCUUGCCCAGUCGGUCCAUCAACGUGUCCACUGUGGGCUUGGGUCCGACUAGUUCUCGCCUCCUGGAGUUCGUUCCCCAACCGCUCCUGGCUGGAUUAAUGGGCGGAAUGGGAUUCCUGUGCCUCGCACUCCUGUUGGCUUUAGCCACGGUAUGUGUGAUUGGCCACAGGAGACGCCAGCGACGCAGAAAGAGGAUGGAGGGUAAAGAGACCGCGCUUUGAUACAUUCUCAGAAAUAGAAACAUCUUAGGGACUGAGCUGUGGUCUACCCAGCUCAAUGAAAGGCACUUAGAACUGCAGAAAAUGAAAAAUAAUCAUCUCCCCAAUUAGCAUCA